UUAACCCACUAGAAUGUGAUGAAAGCGACAGCAACACAUCUCAUGCGCAUGCGCAAAGUUUAUAUACACAUUACUUCCGGAAGUAGUGAGACAUCGUCUAGAAAACUGAAUUUUUGGUACACAGUGUUAAUGUCCGUACCUUCAUAUGACAAUGACUUGAAGACUGGUGUACGUUGAGGAUGGCGGAGUCAGACUCGUACCACAGUCCCAGUAAGGGGAAUGGUGCAGGCUGCAGUAACGAGGUGUACAGGGUGGAAGAAAGACCAGAACAUGGCAUGAGAAUACUGCAUGCCCUUAACAAACUGAAAACAGACAAAAUACUCUGUGAUGUCACUCUCAUUGCUGAAAAUAAAAGAUUUGAGGCACACCGAGUAAUCCUGGUAUCGGCUUCUGAUUACUUCCGAUCCAUGUUUACAUCAGGCAUGCGCGAAAGUCAUCAGCGGGAGAUAGAGUUGAAAGGGAUCACGAGUAAGGGCCUUGAAAAGGUUCUAGAAAUCAUCUACACCUCUACAACUACUUUAGAGGGUGAUGAUAUAUUUGAUGUUAUAGCCGCCGCAACACACCUCCAAGUGACCCCUGUGAUAGAAUUCUGUGAGAGAAACUUUCUAAGUGGUAUGACAACCACUAAUUUUUAUGACUUCAUCAAUACUGCAAAGUUGUAUAGUAUGAACAAUGCCCUGAAACAAAUAGACGUAUUUAUUGCUAGAAACCUGAUGCAGAUAUCAAAAGACGGUACACUUUCACUUCUGACAUACGAUCAAAUGGUGAACUGCUUAAAGAAUGACAAACUGUGUAUAAGAGAGAUAGAUAUUUUCAAAAUUACGUGGGACUGGUUGAAACAAGAUGUACUUCGUGAAGAGCAUGGUGUCUUUCUCAUGAAAUUGAUUCGAUUCCCGCUGAUAAACCCUCGAGAUCUCGUUCAGCAAGUCCAGCAGGUAGAGGCGAUGAUGACGCUUCCAGAGUUGAGGGAAAUGGUGCUCUCGGCCCUGAAUUAUCAUGUUGUGCCCCAUUCACAGCCUCUGUUGAAUAAUCUCUCGACACAGUUGCGGUCUUUCACAGAAAGGUUGAUCAGUGUUGGUGGACGAGAAAUUCACCCAAAUCCUUGCCUGCACGAUGAAAUUCUUGUUUUUGACAGCAAAAUUACAGCAAAUAGCUUAUUAAAUAGAAGUGAAAUAGCGACUUUACCAAGUGCUUUAAGUCAUAUGCAAGUAGUAGUAUUUAACAAUUUCCUCUAUGUGCUUGGUGGUUGUACGACGCAAUGUGCACAUGGAGAGUCUGCUGUGAAUUCGGUGUUGCGAUAUGAUCCUAGGUUUGAUGCCUGGUUUCAGGUUGCUUCAAUGAUAAAUAAAAGGGCUUACUUCUUUGCGGGUGUGUUGAACAAUAAAAUAUAUGCUGUCGGUGGAAAGUUUAAGGAUGGUAGUCUAGCAACAGCAGAAGUGUAUGAUCCAGCUGAAAAUACAUGGGAACCAAUCGCGAACAUGCCAAUGUCCUACCACGCACAUGCGGGAGCAGUAUAUGCUGGUCACAUAUUCGUUUCCGGUGGUUAUAGCAAUAAUCAUUUCACUCCUGACAUGCAGCGCUAUGAUCCAGACACAAACCAGUGGGAGGAUAUGGCCCCUAUGCUGACCCCUAGGGGCUGGCAUGUGAUGUGCACAGCACAAGAUAAGCUGUUUGUAUUUGGGGGAUGCAAUCUGAAUGUAAAUCAACAAGCACAGCCUGUUGUACAGUCUGAAUGUUACGAUCCUGAGGCAGAUCAGUGGACAAUCAUAGCACCGUUGUCAAUCUCACACAAAGAGGCAUCGUGUGUUGUGUACAACGAUCAAAUUUAUGUGCUCGGUGGAUAUAACGUUCAAACCAAAACAGGGCAGAAGCUGGUGUCUCGUUAUGAUGUAUAUAGUGGAAUCUGGGAAACUAUAGGUGGUUUACCUCGUAGUUUGACAGGAGUAGGGUACUGUACACUACAACUCCCAACCUUCAACCUUGAUGACGAUGAUUAGUGCAAACAUUAGGAAUUAGAAUGUAUAACUUUUUUAAAAUCUAGGCCUAUAUUCAUCAAUACUCUUCAGUCUGAAAUUUCAGGCAUGUUUAAGACAGAAAUACAGAUUGUAAAAUGGUAAAUACAGUAUUAAUGAAAACAUGUAGAAUUGUUUACUUGUAGGCCUACAUUUAUCAAAAUUGUGCAUAUACUAUUAUUAAACUGGUAAUACAAUUCUGCAUCAAAUUUCGGUCAUCUGUUUUGUUUCUCAAGCAUUCAAGCAUCAAAAACAUAAUAUCCCAGUAAUUAAAAUUAAAGUCACUUAGUGAUGAAGUGAAAUGUCUAUAUCUGCUUUAUAUUACACGUAUGGUCAUUUCUGGAAACACAUUAUAAGAAAUAUUGGGUCAUGACAAUAUUGUUAUAGGUAUUGUCAUGGGCGUUUUCAAAAAGUGAAACUGUACUGUCAUCAUGAUCAUCAUUUUCCUGAUGGUUUUAUUUUCGCUAAUAUUUGCUUGCGAAUUUAAAACUUUUGUGAAGAUUAAACAACAUUGUUCAUGUAGUGAAAAACAUCAACAUGAAUUCAUAACAAUCAAAAAGGCUGUUUAUAAUAUUGCAAUAUAAAAAGUAUACAAAAGAUUCUGAAGGUACAGUAGGCCCAGUACGAAUAAAUUCUUUUCAUUUCAAGAUGUAGUAUAGCCAUAACCAUCUCCACUUAAAUAAUUAAUGAGAAAAAACAGCACAAUUCUUCAAAAAAGUGACUGUUUGAAUUAUUAAUUGAGAGUUAAAUUGCUUGUAGUCAAGACAUUAGUGAGUAGAAGUUUAUAAAUUCCAAGUCUAAACUUUCAGACCGAGAGAUAUUACUGAAUAUUGGUCUUGUUCGUGCUUUUAGGCUUCAGUAUUGAGAGUUGUUGUUGAAAUUGCUUUAUGAUAUUGAUACAAGGUGAAUGUAUUGUUACACGUUAUAUUAUUAUUGUUAUGAAAUAAAGGUCUCUUUUAAAACAAGAUUAUCAUUAGGGUGAAGUGACACGUGCAUUUUUAUAGAAAAGUGGGUCGUUUUGUAUUUGAAAUCUUAAAAUUGAGAACAAAACAUGCAGUUGGAAUCCAUUGUUGGGCUUAUGAACCACAGUUUGGAAACAUCUCAAACUUAACACUGGCAAUGUUCUGUUUUAAUACAUGUUUCACAAACCUGUUCUCUGCAAGUAACUCAACUUCCCCACAUGAAUCAGAGGUGGAGGACGAAUGAUAUAAGGAAGAAAUAGUUUUAACAUUAAUAUUUUAAUUGAAUUUACUUAAAGCAUAUAUGAUUUUCUAAUUUUGAAGAAAAGGCAGAACUCAUUUUUGAAUAGAGAAAAUAAAAGCUGUUUCAGUGUUAGACACUGGGAAGCUUUUUAUGUCAUUUAAAGAUGUAAUGUUAUAUUUACAUUGGUACAGUUACAUUUUUAGCUCACCUGAGCACAAAGUGCUCAGGGUGAGCCAUUGUGAUUGCUCACCGUCCGGCAUCGGUCCAUCCACACUUCCCUUCAAACAACAUCUCUGAUAAAUUGUGCUGAGUAAUAUCAAAAUCACUUUAAGGAUUGUCGAGUUACAGACAGGACAGGAAAUAAGCCCUUUUGGCCUUAGACUUCCAAGUGUGACCUUGACCUUUCAGCUAAGGGCCCUGGUUUUGCGUAAGACAUGUCUCAUCAAGGGGAAUAUUUGUGCCAACUGAUAUUUAAAUCCUGUUUUGCAUGACAAAGUUAUAGACCAGACAGCAAACAAAAUCCUGACAUUUGAUUUCCAAUUGUGACCUUGACCUUUGAGCUAGAGGUCUGGCUUUUGUGCAUGACACAUCGGUUAUCAUGGGGAACUUUUGUGCCAAGUAAUAUUAAAAACCCUUGAUGAAUGACAGAGUUAUGGACCCGACACAAAACAGACCCGGUUUAUGCCAUGUAAACAUUUGACUGCCAAGUGUGACCUUGACCUUUGAGCUAGGGGUCUGAAAGUUGAGCAUGACACAUCAUCUUAUUGUGAGGAACAUUUUUGCCAAGUAAUAUUAAAAUGCCUUCAUAGAUGGUAGAGUUAUCCAUAUGAAGGUGUGGUCAGUUUACCCCUCAUUAAUGAAGUGGAAACUUUAAAAAAUCUUCAUGUUGAUAUAUUGUCAUAUCACAUCAUUCCCCCAAUGUCUUACCCCACCCUUACCCCACCCUCCCACCUCAACACAUACACAGUAUCUGCCUGUAUUUAUUUAGUAGAAACUUUUAACAGUUUAAGCAAGCAACUUAACUCGGGUGAGUGAUAUAGGGCCAUCAUGGCCCUCUUGUUUGGUACUGUAUGUAAUAAUGUCUAGCAUGUGUUUCAUUUUCAUUUUUUUUUUUCAGAUAGUUUUUAAAGGAAUCAUCUACAUAAGCAGUGUCUAUUAGAUAGUUUUUCAUUCUAGAAUUUGUAUAUGAAGUCACAUUUACAUACUCAGUUUAGAUAAUAAAUAUUCAUAUUGAAUUAUAACAUGUUUCCCCCGUGAUAGAAACAGCAUUGAUUUAAGUGCUCAAUUGUCUACAGUUAAAAUGAUGUUACUGCGCAACAUACUUUAUUGUACUAAAAUGAUGUUACUGCGCAACAUACUUUAUUGUACUAUAAGGUCUGAUUAGUGGUGAGGCUCUCAUUGUCUGCUUAAUAGUAUUAUCACUUAGUAAAAGCAUGUAAUGGGUACAUCUAGGUAUAAUCGGCAUUUGAUAAUCUUUUUAACAUGAAUAUAAGAAAUUCUAAUAGAUUUUGCACCAAGUGCAUUGUAUAAGGUCUUGAAUACUUGUGUUGAUGGUUGCAUGUAUUUCUGUGUUGAAGCAGUAUCCAGUCAAGAAUGAUGUGCUAGGGCAAUAGUGUUUUAUCUGCCCAAGGUCAUGAAGUAGACUGUAGUGAACUAUUGACCCGUGAUGGAGGCAGAAGUUUGACUAUCGCUGAAGCAAGCCAUUCUAUUAUGUAUUAAUUACAUAACUAACAAAUAUAUGAAAAAGAUUAUUUAUAACCAGAGUCAUGCCUUGAAAAGAAAGCUACAUGUACAUGAAGACUGCUAAUCAACAAUUUUUACACUGAAAUGCUUUAAAAAGGCACACCUAACAUAAUUGUGAACAAAGUCAAGGUUAAAGCAUAAGUUUUAGUUAAAUUUUGUUAUAGGGUCUAGCACUAAAAGCUAUCUUAAUUGCAUAAGAUUUCAAAGAGAAGAAACAAUAAUCACACAUGUGUCAUUACACCCACUAUUAAAAAAGUCUGUAUCAGUGAAAUGAAAAGUAUUUUUUCAGUUUGGCAGUGUAACAGUAAGAGAAAUUUACCUCACAUGAUUGCAUGGAAAUCAUUACAGAAGGGAAAAUGUGACUUUCUCACUAAAUCAUCCAAUUUAUUUUCAUGCAUAAUUUUUUGCCAAAAUUAAAUAUAAGAAAUUGCAAUAUGUCCAAAAUUUUCUUGAUAUAUUUCCAAUAAGUUUUGGCAGAACCUCAAAAACUGUUUGUUUUUAAAGCAUUUCAGUGUGUAAGAAUGGAAGACUGGAACAAAACCUGUACUUUAAGAAAUAGAUCUUAAAAAUGUGAAGUUAUUUUCAGCUCGACUAUUCAAAGAAUAGUCUAGCUAUUCUACUCACCCUGGCGUCGGCGUCGGCGUCACACCUUGGUUAAGUUUUUGCGUGCAAGUACAUACAGCUAUUUCUAAAAGGCAUAUAGAUUUGAAACAUAUUUUUUCUUUUUCUAGAUCAAUUACCAACCUCACUGGGUCAAGUCCCAUAACUCUGACAUGUUUUCAGAGGAAAUUAUGCCCCCUUUUAGACUUAGAAAAUUUUGGUUAAAGUUUUACAUGCAAGUUAUUAUCUCCAAAACUAAUGUAGAUAUUGAUUUGAAACUUCACAUGUGUCUUCGGGGUUAUAAAACUAGUUGAUAGCAGCAAGUCCCACAACUCCGACCUUCAUUUUGGCCAAAUUAUGCCCCCUUUUGGACUUAGCAAAUUCUGGUUAGUUUUGCGUGCAAGUACAUACAGCUAUUACUAAAAGGCAUAUAGAUUUGAAACUUAUUUUUUCUUUUUCUAGAUCAAUUACUAACCUCACUGGAUCAAGUCCCAUAACUCUGGCAUGUAUUUUGGGCAAAUUAUGCCCGUUUUUGGACUUUUGGUUAAAGUUUACAUGCAAGUUUCUAUCUCCAAUACUAAUGCAGAUAUUGAAUUGAAACUUCACAUGUGCCUUCGGGGUUAUAAAACUAGUUGAUAGCAGCAAGUCCCAUAACUGAUAUGCAUUUUGGUCAAAUUAUUCCCCCUUUUGAACUUAAAACUCUUUUGAUGUUUAACCUUUUUAUACGUCCGUUUGAAAAACAGGACGUAUUAUGGGAACGCCCCUGGCGGGCUGGCGGCAUUCACAGACUUUGUCUGGAGCAUAUCUUCUACAUGCAUGAAGGGAUUUUGAUGAAACUUGGCACAGUUGUUCACCAUCAUGAGACGGAGUGUCAUGCGCAAAAACCAGGUCCCUAGGUCUAAGGUCAAGGUCACACUUAGAGGUCAAAGGUCAAAUUCAAGAAUGACUUUGUCCGGAGCAUAUCUUCUUCAUGCAUGGAGGGAUUUUGAUGAAAGUUGGCACAAUUGUUAAUCAUCAUGUGACGGAGUGUCAUGCACAAGAACCAGGUCCCUAGCUCUAAGGUCAAGGUCACACUUAGAGGUCAAAGGAUACAAGAAAGAAAACUUUGUCCGGAGCAUAUCUUCUUCAUGCAUAGAGGGAUUUUGAUAUAACUUGGCACAAAUGUUCAUCACCACGAGGCGGAGUGUCAUGCCCAAGAACCAGGUCCCUAGGUCUAAGGUCAAGGUCACACUUAGAGGUUAAAGGAUACAAGAAUGAAUACCUUGUCCGGAGCAUUUCUUCUUCAUGCAUAGAGGGAUUUUGAUAUAACUUUGCACAAAUGUUCACCACGAGGCGGAGUGUCAUGCGCAAGAACCAGGUCCCUAGGUCAAAGGUCAAGGUCACACUUAGAGGUCAAAGGUCAGAUACAAGAAUGACUUUGUCCAAAGCAUUUCUUCUUCAUGCAUGGAGGGAUUUUGAUGUAACUUGGCACAAUUAUACACCAUCAUGAGACGAAGUGUCAUGGGCAAUUCCCUUCUUUAGAAUUACUUCCCUUUGUUGUUACUAUAAAUAGCUUAUAUUGUAACUUUUUCAUUACUAGUGGUAGGGAAAAAUCGAGACCACUUUUCUGUAGUACAACAUGCAUGCUACAUCCAAUUAUGAGGUGUAUUUUGACUAAUCUCUACCUGGUAAAGAUUUUUUUGUGGACUUAAAAUUUUUUGGGGGAUUUUUUUUUUUUUUUUUUUUUUUUUUAAAGAUUAUCUUCCCUUAGUUGUUACUAUAAAUAACUUAUAUUGUAACUUUUUUAUAAUUGACCGUAGGGAAAAAACAAGACCACUUUUCUGUGGUACAACAUGGAUGUUACUUUCAAAUUUUAGGUGUAUUUUAAGGUAUCUCUACCUGGUAAGGAGUUUUUUUGUGGACUUAGAAAAACAAAUGACUUACAAUGAUUACUAAACAACCACAAAAUUAAAAUUCCAUUUGCAAAUACAGGUGCUAGAGUAAAGAAAUUUGCUGUGACGGGCGUAUAUUGUGACAUUCUGGCACUCUUGUUGGGUAAUAUUUUCCUGCUUCUGGGACAAUAUUUCGAAUAGUCGAGCUUGGCUGUCUUACGGACAGCUCUUGUUGAAUUAUGCAUAAAAUUGGCAUGUUUUGAAUCUAUAUGCCAGUAAUUAUGAUAUGCGUGUUUUAAGGAUUUAAAGUAUUUAAGUUUGUUAAAAGUUGUGUAUUGUAAAGCAACUUUCCAGCUGUCGUAUGUCACCAUUGUGUAAUGAUUUGGUAUGCUUAAUGUGACCUGAUGUUUGUAAACAUUCUUUGUUGCAAUCUUAAUAAAGUGUUUCUAGUUAUUUUUAAGUGUCUGCAAAUCUCGUAAAUAAAAUGUAACCCUUUGAAGUUUAUUCUUGGUCAUGCUUAUUACCUAACAAUGCUGCAUUCAUGCUAGAUACUCAUCCUUACUGCUUCAAUUUACAUCACACUAUGAUAAACUGGAAACACAUAUUCUUGAUAUUAGUUGUUAGCUCACCUGAGCAUUGAGUUUUUCUGAUCGCUCGAUGUCUGUCGUCUGUCUGUUGUCUGUCAACGUUUAGCUUAUGUAUGCGAUAGAGGCUGUAUUUUUCAACUGAUUGUCAUGAAUUUUGCCGAGUUCGAAAACGGGUCAUCUGGGGUCAAAAACUAGGUCACUAGGUCAAAUCCAAGAAAAACCUUGUGUAUGCAAUGGAGGCUGUAUUUUUCAAUUAAUGUUCAUGAAUUUUGGUCAGAAUGAUAGCCUUGAUGAAAUCUAGGCCGAGUUCGAAAAUGGGUCAUCUGGGGUCAAAAACUAGGUCACUAGGUCAAAUUAAAGAAAAACCUUGUGUAUGCGAUAGGGGCUGCAUUUUACACUGGAUUUUCAUAAAAUCUGGUCAGAAUGGUUGCCUUGAUGAAAUCUAGGUGAAGUCGAAUAUGGAUAGUCCGAGUUCAAAAACUAGGCCAAGUUCGAAAAAGGGUCAUCUGGGGUCAAAAACUAGGUCACUAGGUCAAAUCAAAGAAAAACCUUGUGUAUGCGAUAGAGGCUGUAUUUUUCAAUUAAUCUUCAUGAAUUUUGGUCAGAAUGAUUGCCUUAAUGAAAUCUUGGUCAAGUUUGAAUAUGGGUCAAAAAGUAGGUCACUAGGUCAAAUCGAUAGAGGCUGUAUUUUCAGUUGAUCUUCCUGAAGUUAAGUCAAAAUGAUAACAUUAAUGAAAUCUAGGCUGAGUUUGAAAAUGGGUCUUCUUGGGUCAAAAAGUAGGUCACUAGGUCAAAUCAAAGAAAAACCUUGUGUAUGCAAUAGAGACUGUAUUUUUCAAUUGAUCUUAAUGAAAUUUGGUCAGAAUGAUUGCAUUGAUGUAAUCUAGGUCAAGUUUGAAUAUGGGUCAUCUAGGGUAAAAAAUUAGGUCACUAGGUUAAUCCAAAGAAAAACUUUGAGUAACCGAUAGAGCCUAUAUUUUUCAAUUGAUCUUCCUGAAAUUAAGUCAGAAUGAUUGCCCUGAUGAAAUCUAGGUCAGAUUUGAAUAUGGGUUAUCUUGGGUCAAAAAAUAGGUCACUAGGUCAAAUUAAAGAAAAACAUUGUGUAUGCAAUAGGGGCUGCAUUUUACACUGGAUUUUCAUAAAAUCUGGUCAGAAUGGUUGCCUUGAUGAAAUCUAGGUCAAGUUCGAAUAUGGAUAGUCCGAGUUCAAAAACUAGGUCAAAUCAAAGAAAUACCUUGUGUAUGUGGUAGAGGCUGUAUUUUUCAAUUGAUGUUCAUGAAAUUUAGUCAGAAUGAUAGCCUUGAUGAAAUCUAGGUCAGAUUCAAAUAUGGGUCAUCUGGGGUCAAAAAGUAGGUCACUAGGUCAAAUCAAAGAAAAUACUUAUUUAUGCUCAAGAUUUUUGCUCCAAUUUUAAUGAUAAUUGGUCAGAUUUUUUUUUCCAUGAAAUCGCUAGGUCAAACAUGUUUACACUGUUAUGGUGUGUUUCUCAGGUGAGCGACCUAGGGCCAUCUUUGCCCUCUUGUUUUUCUUUUCAUCAAGAAUUUUGUAUUUUACCAGAUUUAUUCAUAUAAAAUUGGGAAAGCACUUAAUGUUAGCACUUAAAGUGUAUUUUCUACCAUUUGCCAUUGUUACUUUUCAUUAAAUUAAAGGAGAGAAAUCCAUAGUGUUGAAAUGCAAUUAAAUUAAUUGGAAAAACUUAUACACACAAAUGAUGUAAAUGUGCUUUUUUUCUAAUGGAUAGUAAUGUUGAUAUCUAUUUCUGUUAAAUGAUGUCUAAUGUUUCACCAGUUACCAUGGCAUUAUAUAGGUCAUGUUGCGUAAUGAUGCAGACUUUAGUUUCACUUUAAAUGGUUGUAGGUAUAAUAAUGCACAUUUACUUGUCAAAUACAUAGAGACUGAGAUUUCAGUUUAAUGAAAUUUCAAAACUCAAGAUGUGCCAGUUUAAUCAGUAUUUCUUUACUGAUCUUGUAAACUUGGUAUAUAGACAUUUAUAAAUCUUAUUAAGCUUUGCAGGUGUAGGAUGGGGAAUGCUUAAAGUUGUCAUGGGUUAGGGCCCCAGACAGAGCUUUAGUAUUACAGUUUCUAAAUAUAGAGAUUUUUUACCCACACGUUUAUUGUAAUCAGUUUUUUCCCAUUACAGCCUGACAUUCAGUUAAAUUGUGUCAUUUAAGUUUUUCUUUUGGAAAGCUUUUAUUGACGAUAAAAGGAAUGCAUGAUUUUAACAUGGAGAUAUGUAAGUUUAAAGGGACUGGCCUCCAGAUCGUUCGAAAACAAACAAAAAAUAUUUUUUUUAGAUAUCUUGAAAUAAAUGCUAUAUUUCUUAAGAAGGCUUUAAAACUUAAUUACUGACACACUAUAUGUUAUGGAAACACAUGAGAAUUUGCUGUUUUUACUACUUUUUACGAUGAAAAUCGAAAAGCAUUUGUAACGCUUUUACUCCAGGUAAACUGUCUCCAUUAUAAAAAUCUAUAUUUUGAAGUCAUAAUUCACUACUUCCGCUAUAGCGCUAUUAGUUACGACGACAGGAAAAUGUCUUUAUUGCCGCAGUGGUCCGGGGUUCGAUUCCCGACGCGGUCAUCUUUUUUUCUUUUUAAAAUAUUUUAGAAACAAAAACUCAUAUUCUAAUGUUCAUAAUAUGACUUCAGUUUGAAAGAAAGAUUUUUUUUUUUAGCCAAAUCUGGAGGUCAGUGCCUCUAAGGGACUUAUUUUGAUUACUGUAAAUCCUAUUCAUCAUAUGCUUUCAUUCUGCCAGGCCUUGUGGUGCAGUGUCUGCCUCCCAGCACACAGGUUGUGAGUUUAAGAGGGGAAGAUCAUCCUCUCUACAAUCACAUUUUUAUGGCCCAUUCAUUGUAACUUGAUGGUUUUACAUAUUUUCUAACUGAUAAACUAAAACAGUGGACUUUGUUUUAGUAAGAGAGUAGUUUUCUUGGGUAAGACAGUCACUGUUUUUCCAGUAUUUACAAAUUGGAAAGAACAGAAUUGUUUUAUAAAUGCAGUGUGAAAAAAAAAAAAUAGGUCAAAUGUAAUUAGGUAAUUUGACUUUUCUCACAAAUUUAAUGAUCUGAUUUUAUAUUCAGUGUUUUCAAGUUAUACAGGUUGGAUAUCGAGUGUAAAUCAUUUUGGGAAUCUUACAAAGAUGCAUACAUGUGUGUAUGUACUGCUGUUUAAAUACCAUAAAUAUUGUAAACUUACUUUAUUAUAUUGAAGAAAGUGGGUAAGGUUGUUGUCUUUGAAUCACUUGCCCCUUUCUGCUGGGGGUUCAAAACGUCACUUGGGAAAGUUCUUUCAUCUAAAGAAUCCAUCCAGCUGGGGAAAGUUCUUUCAGCUAAAGAAUCCAUCCAGCUGGCUUAUGGAAAGUCAUUAGUUCUACCAAAGUGUGUGGCCUGUGCUUCAAAUAAUGUACUGAGGGAUUGUCCCCAAUCUUGAAAAGCUGGAAAGUCGCCAUAUGAACUAAAAUUGUGUCAGUGUAACUUAAAAAAACAACAACAAUAUAUUGAGGAGACAAUUGCCAAACAAGACCUUUUGUUGACAUAAAUUUAAACACAUUUGUGUUUGCUAUUAAAAUUACUUGAUGCCAGUCAGGUUCAAACAUUUGAUCCGAUUGUCGGUAUACAAAUCUAUGUGUAAAUGUUGCUUAGUGUUCAAAAAAGAAUAAGACAAGCAUACUUGGCUUAUAAAACUGUGUUAUUUUCAUGUUUAUAGAAUAAAUGGAAAGCAUUCUGUUAAGUGUGCUGAUUUUGUGUAGCUUUAAGAUUGCUUUGUAUUUAUUGUACUGAAAUGUGUGAUGAAAGUUUCUUUAGGAUCUUAAAUGCAUUGUAAAUUGUUCCUUCUAACAACUUGUUAUCUCAGAUGAUUGUCAAGGUAAUAUGUUGACUCUGUUUAUGUUAUGUAUUUUCAUCACAACAUAUAAUAUAGUAAAACACAAAAUGGCU